GGGAUGAGAAUAAGGCCAACUAUGAAAAGUCGUUGGAGGAGAUGACGGAGAAGUUGACCAAGGUACAUGACAAGUACAAGAAUUCAAAGGCUUCGUUGCGGGAGGCAAGGACUGCCCUUCUGACAGGAAUUGGAUCGCCUUCGGGCUGCGACCGCUGUCGAUGUUUCAAAAGUGCCGGAGACAGGUGAAUCACAUUCUCUGAAACGCAAAGCGCGGACGGAAGACGGGGAAACCCCAGCUCGACUCGACUCUCGUCAUGUAACUGAACUGCCUAUGCCCGCUGAAAAGCAGCUCCAAACUCUCACAGUUAGCUAUGAAAAGGAUCUCGCCAAUAUCCGACAGUUUCUUGUCAUCUCUCCGGGUGAGACGCUCAAAGAACCGUCCUUGCAGCAUUGUCAAAUGCUGCGAGGAAAGCAGAACUGGGAAGCCUUGAUUACCAAGCUACGCAGUGUACACCUUGAUCGCACCAUGAAGUACUGCGUAGAAGACAGCAUCAUCUGGUGUCCAAGUUCGUCCAUGAGAUGUCUCUUCGUUCAUCCAGUACACUGUUACCAACCCGAGACGCAUACUUUCCGGCCAUUCGACUACAACGGUUUCAUAAAGCCUGGAGAAACACGUGAGCUCUGCCUAUCGAAAGGCGACACCAGCUUCUACUGCGGUACCUUCAGGUGCGCUGAGGCGUCUCACUUACGCACCGAGGACCUUAUCCAGCUUGGAGUCGCUAAUCAGGAUCGUCUGUUCGGUUACCUUGUAACCCGAGUGAUGACAUUGGGUUCAUCCGUCCCACCGGCCGGUGGGGCAUCCAGGUCGCGGCUCCUCCGAAAUGCAUAUCUCGAUGGAACGAUCCUUGUGCGCUGCCAUAGUAUGGAAUACAUUGGCCGAAACAGCACCGUGAGCACGUUCUUCGUCCGAUGCGCAGGCGACGGCUCUGCGCCAGGUCAACCUGUUGCCAACCUCACGCAUAAUGCGGGCGAGCGUCACAAGCGGGCGAAGAUCGAAAUACCUUAGGCUUCUACCCGGGCUCGUGCAGCGAAUCCGGCUGCCACUUUGUACGCGAUGCCAUCUUCAUCUGCGUCCUCCAUAUGCUCGGACGACGUCGUCUCAACCGUCUGCUGACUUUGUUGUUGACACCUCCCCGUACUUGCCGACGUUCUAUGUAGGGUCGAUAUCGCUGUAGCGUACUGCAUCGUGAUCCGUCGCAGUUAUAUUGAUCGUUAAUCCGCAUUCACUGCUUCCACGGCACGCAACGAUUCCAACGAGCCCCAGGCUCUUAAGGAGAUCACUGUUACUAGUCGUGCUGCAGCACCUGUG